AUGAACCAAGAUCUCUUAGUGGCUGACCUCCUAUCUAGAGAGACACGGGAAUGGAAUGUCGCGAAGAUAAAUAGAACCCUACCGGAACUCGCAGAGCGCAUUCUCCAAAUAAGGCCGAGCCGUCUGGGGACACACGACACCUACAUAUGGAACCUCAAAUCGUCGGGGGAGUACACGACGAAAACAGGAUACAUGGCUCUGACACAAAACAUCGCUGAAGUCUCGUCUCCUGCAACAACAAACAGCAUCGACUGGAGAAAGUCAGUUUGGUCAAACAGAACAGCACCAAAAAUAAAGUUGUUCUUAUGGAAGAGCCUACAUGAGGCCCUACCCACGGGCUUCAAUCUCCAAAAAAGAGGAAUGAGAGAGCAUACCGCUUGUUGCAGAUGUGGAGCCAUUGAAACUACAGACCACCUCCUCUUUCAAUGUCGGUUCGCUCGGGAUUUGUGGAGCUUAGGUCCAUGGGAAAUUCCUUUCGAUUCUUCUAGUUGUGAUUUCCUUUCGGUGAAUCUUCUGGCCUCACUACAUUGGAGAAACCUUCCCCCGAUUGGUAUCUCGAUCAACAUCUUUCCCUGGAUCUGUUGGAUCAUCUGGGUUGAAAGGAACCGGCUACUCUUCGAGAGAAGGAUUUCGACGCCGGAGGAAGCGCUAGUCAAAGCCAUCAAAGCAGCACGUGAAUGGGAAGCAGCACAACUCACUCCACAAAAGGCUCUGAAGCUGAAUCUCAGAUCAACGCCGGAGAAAGAGCUACCACCAAACACAAUCACAUGUAAUACCGACGCGGCCUGGAUCGCAUCAUCAACUAAGGCGGGCUUGGGCUGGAUCUUCUUCGACUCGUCUGCUAUGGAGAUCAACAGAGGCUCAUCUAACCAACUUCACGUCUCGUCUGCAUGUAUGGCUGAGGCCUUAGCUGUUAGAGAAGCCCUUCUCCACGCGUCCUCCCUCGGUUUCACCAAAAUCUGGCUUAGAUCAGAUUCACAAGUGCUCAUGAGAGCAAUCAACCAGAAACGGGGACCUACAGAGCUCUUUGGAGUACUGUCGGAUAUCGUUUCUCUAUCUUCAUCCUUUCAAUUCUGUUGCUUCUCGUUUCUUCCUAGAGACCUUAAUGGGUUAGCGGACUCAAUUGCUAAAGCCCAGCUUUGUGCUUGA